UAUAGAGGGAGGAAGAGAUGUCAGACAGACAGAGAAGAGAGUGAGGAGGGAAAAAAAGCCUCUACGCAACACAUUCCACACACAUUUACACACACAUAUUCUUACACUGAAGACACACGCACACACUGUGAGUACAGACUGGUUUAAUCUCUCUAUAUCCUCCAAAGAGGAACCGUCCUCGUCGUCAACACUUCCUCACUGACAGAUGGAGAAACAGGCCGGAGCUGCCGGAGCUGCGGACGGAGCAGGGCCGAGCAGAAAGCCCUGGAGCUCGGCUAACUACGUAGAAGCGGUCGCUGAAUCUCUGGACAGUUCAUCAGGUUCUCAUGUAGAGUGGUGUAAACAGCUGAUAGCAGCUACCAUCUCCAGUCAGAUCUCAGGAUCAGUCCCACCUGACAUCAGCAACAGGGAUAACAAGGAUGGAAGAAGACCAGAUUUCUUGGUGUCCAAGAGGCUGAAUUCCAGGCAGGAUUUACAUGAUGAAGGGCAUUGUUACCAUGGAGACAGUGAUUCUGAGCAUCCUUCCAAUGCUUCGAACCUUCCAGCUCUGAGAUAUGGGUCACAAGUCAGAAUGUUCCCAAACCAGGUUCCUCUGCUGCCUGGAGAGACCCUCCAGACCACAGUGAAGGAUGUGAUGUAUAUCUGUCCGUUCAGUGGUCUAGUUAACGGGACUCUGACCAUCACAGACUAUAAGCUCUACUUCACCAGUGUGGAAAGGGAGGCGCCGUUCAUUCUCGAUGUUAACCUGGGAGCCAUCAGCAGACUGGAGACCAUCAGUGUAACCACACAAGGAGAGAACACCAAGGGACUUGAGCUGGUCUGCAAGGAUAUGAGGAGUCCCAGGUUUGCCUAUAAACGAGAGGAGAGCCACCCAGAUGUGGUGGAGGCUGUCACCAAACAUGCCUUCCCACUCUCCCACAACCUGCCUCUGUUUGCCUUUCUGUACAAGGAGAAGUUUCCUGUGGAUGGCUGGAAGGUGUACGACGCUACAGCCGAGUACAGGCGUCAGGGUCUUCCUAAUGAGAGCUGGACCAUCAGUAAGAUUAACAGCAGCUAUGAACUGUGUGACACUUAUCCCUCCGUCCUGGUCGUCCCCACCAACAUAACAGACGACGACAUCAAACAAGUGGCCAUGUUCAGAGCCAAGCACCGUAUACCGGUCUUGUCCUGGAUCCACCCAGAGUCUCAGGCCACCAUCGUACGAUGCAGCCAGCCUUUAGUUGGACCUUCAGAUCGUCGCUGUAAGGAGGAUGAACACUUCCUCCAAAUCAUCAUGGAUGCAAACGCACAGUCACACAAACUCACCAUCUUUGAUGCCCGGCAGAGUAGUGUAGCAGUCACCAACAAGGCGAAGGAUGGAGGGUAUGAGAGCGAGAGCUUCUACUCAAGCGUGGAGCUGAACUUUCUGGAAAUCCCCAACAUACAUGUGAUGAGGGAGUCGCUGCGGAAGCUGAAGGAUGUGGUUUAUCCCACCAUAGAUGAAGCCCACUGGCACUCUGCUAUUGACCAGACACACUGGCUGGAGUACAUCCGGCUGUUGUUAGCCGGAGCAGCUAAAGUAGCAGAUAAGCUGGAGUCCGGGAAGUCGUCGGUGGUGGUUCACUGCAGUGACGGCUGGGACAGAACGGCUCAGCUCACCUCUCUGGCCAUGCUGAUGCUGGACAGCUACUACCGCACUCUCAGAGGAUUCCAGGUUCUGGUGGAGAAGGAGUGGAUCAGUUUUGGACACAAGUUUGCUGCACGCGUGGGUCACGGUGAUGAGAACCACGCUAACUCGGAGCGCUCCCCACUCUUCGUCCAGUUCAUGGACUGUGUUUGGCAGAUGACGCGACAGUUCCCAGCAGCCUUUGAGUUCAACGAGCUGUUCCUGAUCACAGUGUUGGACCACCUCUACAGCUGUCUCUUUGGUACAUUCCUUUAUAACAGUGAGGAGGAGAGAGCAGCCAAGGAGGUGCAGACCAACACCGUGUCUCUGUGGUCCUACAUAAACAGUCAACCUGAGGACUUCACCAACCCUUUCUAUGUGGACUACGAGCACCAUGUUCUGUAUCCUCUGGUUUCCUGCCGACACCUGGAGCUGUGGACCAGUUACUACGCCCGCUGGAACCCUCGCAUGAGACCGCAGGUGCCAGUGCACCAGACCCUGAAGGAGCUGCUGUUCCUCAGAGCUGAACUGCAGAGGAGAGUGGACGAGCUGCAGAGAGAGACGUCGUCCCACUCCCUGUCCUCCACUGAACACUCUCCUGCCAACACACACGCUGCAGGGACGCCUCUACACACUGCCGUCUGAGACACACACACACACACACACACUGUCUGUCACUCCCCCGUUUUUAUCACUAAAUUACAACAUUUACAAUAAAAGGAGAGGUUUGUUACAUUUAUAUUAAGAUUCCAAAGUAAAAGUAUUAAAAGCAGAGUCUGACAUGAGCAACAGUGAUGUACAGUAUCUGUGCUUCUUAUUUAUAUUAUUAAAAGUCAGCACAGACACUGAGCUCAGUGAAGGAAAAAAAAACCAGUGUGAAUGUUUUACAUCAAAGUCUCAGGGCUCUUUUAUUUUGUAACUCUGCAGGAAGCUGAGGCUCACGUCGGCGGUUAAAGAACUCGGUCACACAUAUGUGAAUGCAGCCGAGGGGACUUCCUGUCUGCCUCCUGUGUGAGGGAGGGGGAAGCUCAUCUUACAUUUGGUGAUGCUUUGACUUAAGGCUGCACAGAAUGGCUUAUAAAUAAUAUCUGGAUAUUCUUAGGACUCGUGAAAGUUUUCUUUUGAGAUGUUUGUGCUUCUCUGCUGUUGUAAUGGACAGAGAAAUGUGUGUAAAAUAACUGUUGGCAUACAUUAGGCUCAAAGAAGAAGCAGUGAAAGGGUGAACAUUAAUGAUCAACAACACGAAAAAGAGGAAAAUCCAGUUGCACACCUUCUUUUCUUCUGUGUCUGAAAAGAGUCCCGGUAAGUUGGUGAUUAAAGACGUCCACACAUCGUUAGCUCAAGCUUCAUGUCGUGCACUCACGUAUGUGUGUCAGAGUCACAGCUGUCUUCUACACUGUAGUUGUUGUUUUUAUUUCAUUCUUUAUUCUUCAAACAAAGCAAAUACAAACACAUCCCACAAUCUGAAUGAGAAGAAUGAUGAUGUUACAGUAUUUCGUGAGGGUUCCUCCCACUGAAACCCUCCCAGUAUUCCACAGGAGGACUUUUUUUCUUUUACUUCAUUCUCAUCCCUCACUGAUUUCCCACGAGUGUUGCAUGGAGCGACAAACAGGAAGUGACCUCAUCGUCCUCCUCUCCGUCACUGCUCCUCUGUAUUUAUCAUCAUGUUGCCUUUAUGUGUCAAAAUGUCCCUUGUUGUUCUGUUACUGCCAAACCACUUAAUAUAUAUUUGUAAUGUAAAUCACUGUGUACUUGUGGAAGCGUUGUGAGAGUGCUGAGUUGUGUCUUCUUAUGUCAAUAACUUGUCUAAUUAUGUUCCAUUGAAGUGAUAGUUUGGGUUUUUUGGAGUGCAAUUGUGUGAGGAAGAGAAACUCAAUAAACCACCGUUCUUAGAAGAUCUACAUCCACUUAAGUUGAAGCUGCCUGUUGGCAACUGAAGUUUGUGUCUGUGUGGAAACUGCUCACUCUCCCACACCAAAGUCCAUCGAGAAAAUCUGAGAGUUCACAUCCACGGCACACAGGAGUUGUUGAUCCUCUGCUGCCUCCAUCACUAAGUUCAAUUGGUCAUUUUUGUGACUUCUGAGUUUGAAACAGUUGUUCACAGGUUUCUUUUUCCACAGACUUUGGUGUGAGAGAGUAACGCCUGCCCCACACCAGAGGAUUUUUACAUCUGAUGUGAUUUUAAAAAUGUAAACACAAUGCAUUCGUAACCGACGUUCAAUGUUUGAUUCCUGAGAACGCACAGACGAGACGAUGCAGGAUUGUCGUUACGGUUACGGUUCUACACAAGUAUGGAACAUCCGUUUCCCGCUCAACUGACUGUCAUUGGUCACUGGUCGUUGUUCUGUCGUACAUAUCCAACACAUUUAAUACUAACGAUUUGAAAUCAGGAAGACUGAUGCGUCCGAUGAUGUUAAAAUCACGUCUGUUAACCCCUCGCACUACAGGCUAAAACUAGAUCAUCGGUUCAAAUCAGCCUAAAAUCGGAAGACGCCCACGAUUGUGGGAGGGGCCAGAUCAGGACCAAAAUUUGGCCAAUUGUCCUCAAGUGUGGGUCAGGCUUUAGUUCCCAGGCUGUGAAGUGGUGAGAUACAGUAGAGAACAUAUUUUUUUCCUUGCAUGACUUCCACAUACAGAAAACCCAGAACUAUCCCUUUAAGCUCUAAUGAGCAAUAACCACUUCUCACAUUCCAUUUUAAAAGAAAAAAGGAAAAGAAAAUCA